UUCCCUACCUGGCCCGGUUUCCCAAAAGCUAAUGCUGCGUUCAAAACCACUGGGAAAUUUCCGACUUCAGUGCGUUCAAAACACCUGGGAACCCAGGAGAAAAAAUGAGCUCUGACUGAGAAAAAUCGAUUUCAACAGUCAUCCAACUCGGGCCUCUUUUUAGAGAACCGACUUUCCGACCUGAAGAGCCCUGACGUCAUAAUUUCACUUCGUAUUAUUCUGAGUUCCCAGUUGUUUUGAACGCGGCAUGAAUUCGUCGUUAACACCUUCGUAAGAACAUCGUUACAUCUCCGAGCUGUUUCCAAAAACCAAUGCACUUUGCCUCAGACCACUUGUAGAACAGCUAAGGGCAUCGUUAGAUGCUUUUUUUGCACACCUGCAUCACUUUAUACACAGAAGAGAUCCCCUAAACAUGGUUUAUCCGUCUUUCUGUGUCCACUGAUAACUUCAGAACAAAGGGUGCGUUCGUAAAAUGCUUCCAGUGUGUCAGAAUACGCUCUUGACAACUUUUGUCUCCAAAAUAUUGGCCGCUUCGUUGGCGUAGGUGUGAAACUAUUCAACGUCAGACUCCGAUAACAACUGUGAGGUUCUGAUGACAGGCAAACAGUACCCGUCCAUCCAGGAGUUUGCCUCAGCCAUCCCCAACCACCUGCUGCUAGGCUCCCUGCUGGAACACCUGUGCUUUGUCUAUGAGAGCGACCCGACCCGCUCACAUAUGCUGUUCAAAGCCAUUGGUCAGCAUUUAGCAGCGAAUAACCUCCUCUCCCCAUUGGCCAUCAGUGAGGAGUUCAGCACGGUCAGACUUCAAUACAACAGAGCCUUCACUGAACUACUGCAUGCUGUCAGCCCCUCCUUCUUUCCACAGGGUCAAAUGUUAUUGAAUACAGACACCCAGAGCCUUAUGUUAAGACCAAAAGCGAGUCUGUUCCAGGCGCAGACGUCUCGCUACCUCAGUGAGUUUGAAGAGCUCUCUAGACUUGGAAAAGGAUCCUAUGGCAAAGUAUUCAAGGUAAAAAACAAGCUGGAUGGCCAGAAGUAUGCUGUGAAGAAAAUUCUCAUCAACAACGUUUCAAGGGAAGACUGCAUGAAGGUUCUCAGAGAGGUGAAAGUGUUAUCCAGUCUUCAGCACAUCAAUGUAGUAGGCUACCACACUGCCUGGAUGGAGCAUAUCACACAUGCUUUUACUAAGCCUGCAUCAAUACUCUCACCACUGGAAACGCAUGUGCUGCCAGAACGCAUUGAGGAGAGUACAGUUAGUAGCAGCGGCUCCUCAAUAGUCUUCGCGAGCUCAGAUCAGUCAAAGGAGCCAGUGGCCAUAGCUAAAGCACCAGUGAGCCUCCCGGUGAAAGAGGAGAAGAGCACGCAGGCGGUGUGUCCUAAAACCAUGCGCCACGCCCGUUUCCCAGAUAACUUUGUCCCCUGUGUGUUGCUGGGACGGUGUGGCCUGACGGGGGACAGCUGCCCUGUGGUCAGCUGGGAUAGCUCGGCCCUGUCGGAGGACAACUUAGGAACCAGAAAUGGGAUAGAUCUGAACAACAACUCCUACAUCGACAUGGGGAGCGAGCAGUGGGACACGAAAUUCCCCGCCAAGGAGGUGCAGUUCCAUCUCAUGCUGUAUAUCCAGAUGCAGCUGUGUGAACGCUCGCUCAAAGACUGGAUUUUAGAGCGAACCACCGAACACACCUCACAAAAUCCUUAUGAGGCUGUGGACACGAAACAAACCCUCAGCAUUCUACAUAAAAUACUUCAAGGUGUAGAAUACAUUCACUCUAGAGGAAUCAUGCAUAGAGACCUGAAGCCCAGGAAUAUUUUCCUGCAUGGACAUGACUGCCAUGUGAGGAUUGGAGACUUUGGACUGGCUUGCAGGGAUAUAAUGAUGGAUGACAAGGAAAAACCACCCUCCACUUCACAGAACACUGGUUCCUCUCACACCACUGGAGUGGGGACAUUUGUUUACGCAGCACCUGAACAACUGGAGGGUUCCCACUAUGAUUCAAGGUCAGACAUGUACAGUAUAGGAGUGGUGGCCCAAGAGCUGUUCCAGCCCUUUGGGACAGAGAUGGAGCGUGUUCAGACGCUAGGGGACCUCCGUGAGGGGAAGGUCCCAGACUCCUUCUCCCAGCGCUGGCCUGUCCUGGCCAAGUACAUCACACUGCUGACCAGCAGAGACCCCACUCUACGACCCAGCGCCACACAGCUGCUGCAGAGUGAGCUGUUCAGCAGCAAAGACAUGGUUAUCCAUGGCUUGCAGAGAAGGGUUGAAGAGCAGGAAGAGGAGAUAGUUCAACUCAGGAGACAGAUCAGUCAGCUACAGACUCAGAGCAGGCAGCAAGCAUCCCAUUCCACAGACGAGACCUGACGUCAACCAUCUCUGCCCAUCUUCAAACCUGUAAUAUUCGACCCCUUUACCUUACCAAAUGUGAAUAAUUUGGUGCAAAUGGUUGAAUAUGUGUGUGGUCUCUCUGCCUGGAUGUAACAAUGUGACUAUAAGUUAAAACUGUAGAAUAAAUAAUUUAAUUUACACUUA